UCAUCUUCCUACGCUCCAAACAGUGCAGAGCCAGAGCUUCAGGGAAGCGGAUUAAACAAGAAACAACAGCGGCAGAUGUGCAAUAGCUGGCCAUGGCAUAAACCACCUCUGUAACCAGACAUCAUUUGCCUCUCCGCUUGCUCGCUCGCCAUGACGAAGCACGGCCUCCUCUUCUUCCUCGCCAUCGCCUUGCUUCUGCACCGCCACUACACGAGCGCCUCUUCCACUGGUCAGCCAACAAGAAGCAGUAGCACAGCAUCAAGAUCAACUGCAGAAUGGCAGCCCUUGCACUGCAGUCCGGUGUCCUCAUGCGGCUCGUUCCUCUACGUCACUCCUGGAGGGCGGAACCUGUCAGAGAUAGCCUCCGUAUUCAACGGCAACGCAUCUCUCAUCCAGCCCGUCAAGCGUCUCUCCGGGUCAGAGGACCUGCUGAUGGCCGUGGCAUGCGAGUGUCAGGCCAUCAGCAACACCACCACGGCUGCUGCUUUUCUUCAUGACACUCAGUACAAGGUGGAGCCGGACGCCAUACCUGACGACGUCAAGAGCAAUACUUUCAGUGGGCUUGCGAUGGAUGUUGGUGAUGGCUUCCCACUGACGCCCGGGGCUACAGUCACGGUUCGCCUCCCGUGCGGGUGUUCCUCCUCGACAGCGUCCAAGGGAGUGCUGUCUUAUUCGGUGCAGGAGGAAGAUACCCUGAGUACUAUCGCAAGCUUGUUCAGUUCAAGUCCAGAAGCCAUCUUGAACUUGAAUCCGAGCGUGAAAAAUCCCGAUUUCAUCAAACCCGGGUGGAUCUUGUUUGUUCCAAUGGGGGUUGCUGGUUCUUCUAAGAAAAAAAGGGUUGGUAGUACGACAAUCACAAUAGCAGCAUCCGUAUCAGCUAUAAUACUGUCCGUCUGCGUCCUCACUGUCAUUCUUCGCCUCAGAAGGAGGCCUUCUCAGCAAAAUGCUGAAGCUCCUGAAAUAAAAAUGGAGAGAGCACCCAGUAACACCAGCAUCGCCGCUCUGGAGAGCCGUUUCUUUCCGUCCAUGAAAAUCAAUGAUAUCGACCCAUUCCAGACAGAGAGGCCUGUCAUUUUCAGUCUGAAAGUAGUCGGAGAUGCUACAGCUAACUUCGAUGAGAAGAGAAAGAUCGGCGAGGGAGGAUACGGCAGUGUUUACCUCGGUUUCAUAGGAACACAUGAAAUUGCGGUCAAGAAGAUGAGAGCAAGCAAAUCGAAGGAGUUCUUUGCUGAGUUGAAAGCUCUGUGCAAAGUACAUCACAUUAACGUGGUUGAGUUGAUCGGUUAUGCUGCUGGGGAUGACCACUUGUACCUGGUGUACGAAUAUGUCCAGAACGGAUCGCUUAGUGAGCAUCUGCAUGACCCGUUGCUGAAAGGUCACCAGCCUCUUUCAUGGACUGCUAGAACGCAGAUAGCAUUGGACGCAGCGCGUGGUAUCGAGUACAUUCAUGACCAUACCAAGGCCUGCUACGUGCACCGCGACAUCAAAACAAGCAACAUCCUGCUCGACAACGGAUUAAGAGCUAAAGUUGCAGAUUUCGGACUAGUGAAGCUUGUUGAACGUAGUGACGAAGAGGAAUGGGUUGCCACUCGUUUGGUUGGGACGCCAGGAUACCUUCCACCCGAGUCAGUUCUUGAACUUCACAUGACCACCAAGUCUGAUGUGUAUGCGUUCGGAGUAGUUCUUGCGGAGCUCAUUACAGGACUCCGUGCACUUAUCCGGGAUAACAAGGAAGUCAACAAGACAAAGUCAAUAAUCUCAAUUAUGAGGAAAGCCUUCGAUUCAGAAGAUCUAGAGAGGUCACUGGAGACAAUCAUAGACCCUAACUUGAAGGACAGCUACCCCAUAGAAGAAGUGUGCAAGAUGGCUAACGUUUCGAUGUGGUGCCUUAGUGAGGAUCCACUGAACCGGCCUGAGAUGAGGGACACCAUGCCGGCCCUGUGCCAGAUCCAUCUCGCCUCUAUCGAGUGGGAGGCGUCGCUCGGAGGUGAUGGUGAAGUGUUCAGUGGUGUUUCCUAUGGCAGAUGAACCAAACGGCAUGGUUUUGGCCUGCACACUCCUUUUCAAUUUUAUUUGAAGGAGAAUGAUGGUUCUUGCGCUGCGGUUUGUGAAUUUAUUUGUUGAUUCCUUGUGCGCUUUUGAAGGGUUGCCUUUUGCUCAUCUCAUCUCCUUGCAAGUCUGGUGUCAACACGACAACACAUAUAUGCUGUCCUCCCUGGAUUUAUUAGCUACAACAAUCUGUUGGGGAGAUGCAUGAAAACUAGAGGAAAA